CAUCAUUACUUGGAAUUUACCUCAACCAAGACAUGACUCCUUCAGUGCGUCUUCAGGAAAUGAUUCGGAUUAUCCGAAGCGCUCGAACACAGGGCGAGGAACGAGGUGUUAUUCAAAGAGAGUGUGCUGCCAUCCGGGCACAGUUCCGCCAGGCUGACAAUGGGGGUCGGUCUCACAACCUAGCCAAACUGCUCUAUGUUCACAUGCUGGGCUACCCUGCACACUUUGGUCAGAUGGAGUGUGUGCGUCUGAUAGCUAGUCCGAGGUACAGCGACAAGCGUGUUGGUUACCUUGGUGCUAUGAUGCUCCUGGAUGAGAAGCAGGAUGCUAGCUUGCUCAUCACCAACUCCAUCAAGAAUGACUUAUCCCAUAGCAGUCAGUAUGUUCAGUCUUUGGCGCUGUGUACACUGGCUUGCAUGGGCUCUUCUGAGAUGUGUCGAGACCUGGCACCAGAAAUUGAGCGACUCCUCAAAAGUUCUAACUCUUACAUCAAGAAGAAGGCAGCCUUAUGUGCAGUCCACAUUGUGAGAAAAGUCCCAGAGCUCGGCGAAAUGUUCACUCCUUCUGUUCGAGCACUGCUCUCCGAGAAGAACCAUGGUGUACUGCAUGGUGCUGUGGUCCUGAUCACUGAACUGUGUGAGCGAAAUCCAGAAACCUUGGACGCGUUCCGAAAGGCUGUGCCGGAGCUGGUGCAGAUAAUGAAAGGCCUGGUGACAUCAGGUUAUUCUCCAGAACACAACGUGGCGGGAAUCAGCGAUCCUUUCCUUCAGGUGCGCAUUCUAAGGUUACUAAGAAUUUUGGGUCGUAAUAGUGACACAGCCAGCGAUGCCAUGAACGACCUUCUGGCUCAGGUGGCCACUAACACAGACAGCAGUAAGACUGCAGGCAGUGCUGUGCUCUAUGAAACAGUCCUCACCAUCAUGGACAUUAAAUCAGAAAGUGGUCUCAGAGUCUUGGCUGUUAACAUUUUGGGGAGGUUUCUUUUAAACAAUGACAGAAACAUCCGCUAUAUCUCCAUGACAUCUCUACAGAAGAUUGUGCAAACGGACCACAAUGCUGUGCAGCGACACAGGGGGACUAUUGUGGACUGCCUUAAGGACCCAGACGCCUCAGUCAAACGUCGUGCGUUGGAGCUGUCCCUGGCUCUAGUGUCGGCUGCAAACAUUCGCUCUAUGAUGAAGGAGCUCCUCACCUUCCUCUCCAGCUGUCCCCCAGAGCUCAGGGCCCACGCUGCCUCUGGCAUCUUCAACGCCGCCGAGAGGUAUGCCCCCUCUCAGCGCUGGCACAUAGACACCAUCCUGCAUGUCCUCACCACGGCAGGGGGCGACGUAAGAGACGAGACUGUGCCCAAUUUGAUACAGCUCAUCACAACUGCCUCAGACCUGCACUCCUACACAGUUCACAAACUUUACAGAGCACUGGUGACUGACAUCUCACAGCAAUCACUUGUUCAGGUGGCUUGCUGGUGCAUUGGAGAGUAUGGAGACCUGCUCCUGAAAGGAGACUGUGAGGAAACAGAGCCUGCAGAGGUGACGGAGGAUGAUGUCCUGGAUGCCUUAGAAACUGUCCUUCAGUCCCACAUGUCAUCCCCAUCAACCAGAGCCUUUGCUCUCACAGCGACAAUGAAACUGAGCACACGCAUAAGAGACAAUAUAGAUCGCAUUAGAAGCAUUGUCAGUAUUUAUGGCAGCUGCAUUGAUUUGGAGCUCCAGCAGAGGGCAGUAGAAUACAACGCACUCUUUAAGAAAUAUGACCAUAUGAGGGCAGCAGUGCUAGAGAGGAUGCCAGUUAUUGACAAGAGUUCUCCAGGCCAUACCAACGGAGAAAUUCCUGGAGGUACUGUGAAAGAGCCAGAACAAUUGAAACCCAAGCCACCUGUGACAGGGUUGACUCAACAACCCGCCAGCCAGGUGUGUGACCUUUUAGAUUUGCUGGGUGGAACCGACAAGCCAUCUGAACCGAGCUUGGCUCCACCCACUACAGCUGCCACAUCCACAAAUAGUACAGUUGGGGGAGACCUGUUGGAUCUACUGGGAGGACUGGAGCCUACUCCAGUACCUACGGUGACAGUGUAUGAGAAGAAUGGUGUGAUGGUGAAACUACAGUGUGACAAACAUACAGACACAGCUGUCACCAUCACCCUCAUCGCUUCCAACUCGACUGAGAAUGAUGUCACAAAUUUUACUCUGCAAGCAGCUGUCCCCAAGAGCAUACAGUUACAAAUGAAGGCUCCUAGUGGGGAUGUCAUUCCAGCCCAAGGCAUGGGUCAUGUGACCCAGACUGUUCUACUCCACAACCCCAGCAAGGCAACCCUGAAGAUGCGGGUUCGAGUGUGCUACUCCAGUCAGGGAACAAUGUGUCAGGACACUGUACAGGUUGACUCCUUUCCAAGCCCUGUUGAAAACUAA